CCGGAACACAAUACAUGCUUUAUAAACGGCCGUUUGCAGCAUUGGAUCAGUGAACGAGGGAAACCAUGGAGAUUUUGCUACUGGUUAAGAUCGUUACACUGGCACUAGUGUUUCUGGUAGCCUCAGCCAAGCAGUUUACCAAAGACGACUAUGACGCGUUCUACGACUUUGAAACUGGUGACAAGAAAGAAAACGAGAGUGUUGUCGUGCAUGUUCCAUUCACUGGGUCUGGAUGCAGUACAGUUGGGGUUCUCAAAAUAAUGCUGUCAAAGGAUGACGUUCAGAAGAAGCGGGUGUUGGUCGACAUGGAAAUGACGUCCCCCACAGGCUGGCUUUUUGACCUAGGAGACUCAGACACCAACAACGGCUACGCUGGAGACUCGAUGACACAAAGCUCAGACGCUGAGGUACAAGGCUUAAACGGAUUUUUAUCGGCCUACAACAGCGAUAACGGCGGCAGUGGACUGGCGUUUAGCUUGCCCAACAAGUUUACCAACCGUGUGACACUGGUUGCCGGUGACAGUCACGUGACCUGGAUAUUUGACGAUGACGUCACCACGACCAACUACUUCUCAAGCCCUGGCCUCUACGGCCUGAAAGGUCAGUGGCAGUGUGAGGGUGCGGUCAACUAUGACCUUUACCUUGGCAUCAACGGGGUGGUGUAUGGCGCCGCUUACUCGGGACGCACAGGGAGCGGAGUGUGCCGAGUCGGCUUGAAGAUUUUACCGGAAAUUUAAUGCAUAUCAACUGAGAGUCUUCAGAACACAUUUUCUUUCCUUUUUGUACUUCACUAUUAUUAUUAAGCUUAUGACAUUACUAGCUCAUUACGUAUCAAUGUUUAGUUAUCCACUGAGAUAUAUUAAUUUUUAAUUUAUCUUAUAAAAGUGAAAACAAGGAAUUCAUAUUUGGAAAAAAUAAAUUAUUUUGUUGUUAACACAGUAAUUUUAUAUAUUAUUCAAAGAAGAUUAUAGUUGUUUUUUUUUAAAGUUGUUAAUUGAUUUCGCGUUUGAUUUUCUUUUUAGAAAUAGCUUUUAUCAAAAUGAAUUUUAUAUUUAUAUUUGUAUUUUAAUCGUUUAAUUUUAGCAUUGCAGAUAGUAAUCACUACAAUUGGUUUUUGACUUGUAUUCUAUUUUAUUUUGAAAACGUGUUGCAUUUCUUUUAUUAAAGUACAUUAUUAGAAGGCAGAAACAUGAAAUAUUAUGAAUUGUAUAUCUAUUAAACUUACUAUACACUACUAAACAUUAAAUUUUACAAAUUUUUUGUGUUUUAAUUAUUAACGUUAUUUAAUAAACAGAUAUAAUUGCA